UUUUUUUUUUUUUUCAUAUUUUCCUCCCCUCCCCUAUCCGAUCUGCUUCUGCUGGUGCUGAUCUCACCGGCGAUGAUAGUAGCUGUGGAUGCAUGCGUGCGGUGCCGGCUUAGCCGCAUCCUUGGGCAUCUCUUGAGCACCUCUUGGGAUUCCUAUGGAGCUUCUUUUCCUCUGUCACCACUUGCAAGAGAGAACCUCCAACUGACCUUGUCCUCUGCUGAUAAAAGUGUGCCUUUAUUUCCAGGAGUUUUCCUAACCAUAACUCAUGCUCUAAAUCAAAUGGUAUCUGUUGAGACCCUGCAGUUUGGUGUUUGUAUAGAAGAGGUUUUCUUCUGUGCUCUUAAGGUCAACUAUUAUAAAAUCAAACAACAAGGAGUUUCCUCUCUUCCCAACAAUUUCACCAGAUUUCCAUCUGAAGCGCCUGGAGCUGCAAGGGAAGAGAGAGGCCACGAAAGGAGAUAAACAGAAACAGGCACGCUUCAUGAAUUCCCCCAAAACCUAAACGAGACAAAUAGUACAAGUUGGCUGGUGGACCUGCGGUGGCAUGUGGACGAUGAGUAUGGCUUGGCUGUGUCUCCCAGCCUACACUGUCCUACUUCUCGGUUUCCUUCAUCUGGCUGUCACAGAAAAUGAUGUCACUCCGCGCCUCAGCUUUCCCUACAACGCAAAGGAAAGGACAACCAGAAGCUUUUCAGCCAACGGGGUCUUCAACUUCACCUCCCUCCUGCUCAGCAGUGAAGACAACAUGCUGUAUAUCGGUGCCCGGGAGAUUCUGUUUGCUCUCAACCUCUCUGAUAUCAGUGCAGCGAAACUACAAAGAAAUCUCACGUGGAAAACUCCAGAGAGGAAGAGAGACGAGUGCAGUUUCAAAGGCAAAGAUCUUCAGAGGGACUGCUUCAACUACAUAAAGAUUUUACUGAAAAUGAACAGCACUCAUCUGUACAUAUGCGGGACGUACGCCUUCAGCCCAAUGUGUGCCUACAUUAGGACUGCGGACUUCUCGUUUGUCAAAAGUGAUGCUGGUGAGAUUGUUACAGAGGACGGACGCAGCCGCUGCCCAUUCAACCCAGACUACAAGUCCACUGCCAUCAUGGCUGAUGGGGAGCUGUAUGCCGGCACAGUCAGUAAUUUCCAAGGAAAUGAACCCAUAAUCUACAAAAGCUUGAGCCAGGGAACUGCUCUGAAAACCGAAAACUCUCUCAACUGGCUUCAAGACCCAGCCUUUGUUGGCUCAGCUUACAUACAGGAGAGCCUGCCCAAGGGCAACCUUGUGGGCGAUGACGAUAAGAUUUACUUCUUCUUCAGUGAAGCAGGGAAGGAGUUUGAUUUCUUUGACAACACUGUCGUGUCACGCAUCGCUCGCGUGUGUAAGGGCGACAUCGGAGGCGAGAGGGUGUUGCAGAAGAAGUGGACCACUUUCUUAAAGGCCCAGCUCCUGUGCUCGCUGCCUGAUGACGGUUUUCCCUUCAACAUAAUCCAAGACAUGUUUGUUCUCACGCCGAGUCCUGGAGACUGGAAGAGCACUCUGUUUUAUGGAGUCUUCACAUCUCAGUGGUAUAAAGGUGCGUCAGGAAGCUCUGCAGUCUGUUCGUUCACCAUGGACCAAGUGGAAAAGGCUUUCAAUGGGCGCUACCGCGAGGUCAACAGAGAGACCCAGCAGUGGUACACGUACAACCAUCCUGUCCCGGAGCCUCGGCCUGGAGCUUGUAUUACAAAUGCUACCAAAGGGCUGGGAAUCUCUUCCUCGCUGCACAUGCCAGACAAGGUGCUGAAUUUUGUCAAAGACCACUUCCUGAUGGACAGCGUGAUUCGCAGCCAGCCUCUCCUGCUGAAGCGCAACGUACGCUACACGCAGAUUGUAGUCCAUGGAGUCCAGACAGCUAAAAAGGUCUACAAUGUUCUUUUCAUUGGCACAGAUGACGGAAGACUCCAUAAGGCCAUUAACAUCAAAAACAAGAUGCACAUUAUUGAAGAGAUAGUGAUCUUUCGUGACUCUAAACCGGUGCACCAAAUUGAGCUGGACACCAAGAAGGGUCGGCUUUAUGUUUCAUCUCUCUCUGAGCUUGUGGAGGUUCCACUAGCUAACUGCACUAAUUAUCAGAGCUGUGGGGAGUGCAUCCUUUCCAGGGAUCCAUACUGUGUCUGGAACAAGGGGCAGUGCGUAGACAUCAGACGGGCUCCUGCAAGCAAUGCUCAGCAGCAGGAUGUAGAUGAAGCAAAUACAUCAGUCAUUUGCAGGAAGCCAAGCCCACGGGUUGCUAAUCAUCCUCCAACACGAACAUCUUCAUGCCAGGCAAUCAUAAUCCCGGCCAACACUUUCAAAGUACUGCCAUGCAAGCUGCGCUCCAAUUUGGCUGAGAGAAAGUGGCAAUUCAGCGAAGGCACAGGUCACUUCCAUUACCCCAGCCCAGAGGGGGGACUGGUGGUGGUCGCUCAGGCCGGCAGGCAGGAAACCUACGAGUGCUGGUCAGUGGAGGAAGGCUUCAUGGAGUUGCUGGCAAACUACUGCGUGAGGGGCGAAGCCAGGCAGGAGAGCACCACUUUGACGGGCCGUUCCCGUGCGCCACCGCUUUCCCAAGAGGAAGUCAUUUUUCUGCCAGGGGAAACCCUCUCUCCGCAGAUAAACACCAAGACCUACUGGAAUGAGCUGAUUGUUGUGUGCGCUCUCCUGGGAUUUUCCGUGGUGGUCUUCUCUCUGUUCGUGAUCUACAGGAACCGUGACCACAUGAAAUCCAUGCUGAAGGAGGGGGAGUGCCCCAAUAUGCAGCAGAAGAAGCCCCGAAUAGUGGGGAAACCCGUUGAGAAUUUACCGCUAAACGGCAGCACUGUCACAACGUCGGCGUCGGAUCACAAAGGGUACCAGACCCUUAAUGACAACUACCUUUGCAGCACUCCGCCUCAUGAGUGCUCCUCGCCCGACAACACCAAGAGCUUCUCAGAGUCAGAAAAGAGGCCUCUGAACUUAAAAGAGAGCCAUGUAGAGAUUUCUCCCUCAUGCCCGCGGCCUCGAGUCAGACUAGGCUCUGAGAUUAAAGACUCUAUAGUGUGAGACUGACUGCAAAGAGCUGGAAAGAGUGCGCUUGUUGGUAAAGACUAAAAUUCAUAGGAGGAAAAGUACAGCACUCCGACAGUGAAACAUUCAUUACAGAUAUUUUGCACUUUGUCUACUUUUGUUCUGUCCCUGUGGUUCAAUGUGCAUUUCACUUUAUUUUUCUCCUUCACACGGUGCAUUCGGAGCAACUUCCAGUUUGCUCUCAUACAAGGCUCACAUGAAUAUAACAAGCACAGAGGUGGCAUCAAAACCACCGGUAAGGGAUUGUGUUUCAGGGCAUUUCAACUUUCUCCGUCCAUAAAAUACACUGGUAAUGCUUGGAAAUGCAGAAUGUUUCUCCAGGUUUAUGUCACUGAGUUUGACACGGUUUCUAAUGUUUUACUGUCAUUCUGCCGUCUGUAGGUGUUUGCGCUUCACUGAAGCCUCACACUAGUUAGUGUAUGUUGCAAGUGAAACAAUUGAAAGACAUAGUUUUUCAGUGGUGGAAAAUAGAAAAUAUAAAAAGCGCAUUUAUAAUGACAAAGUGCCUUUUAAAAGUUUUCCAGUCCUUUGAAUUUUUCUAUAUUUUGUGGUGUUACAACCACAAAAUAUGUAUGUUAUUAGAAUUUUGGCUCGAUACAUUAAUACAAUGUAGUGUAUCAUUGUGAAGUAAAUGGUUUUAUUUAUUUUUUUUAAUAUAUUUUUUUUUACAAAUAAAAAAAAACAAACGUGGGGUAUUUCUCUAUCUGGUUCAUACAUCCAUACACUGAGAUCUUUGAGUAGAAUUUUUCAAGUAUUUAAUCCCAAUUGGAUUAAGGUGUAGAUUUCCAUGAGGACAUUAUCAUACAUUAAUAGGCUUUGAUCAAUGUCAUUCCAUUCUACCUCUGGGCUUAUGGGUUUAUUAUUCUGCUGGGAUGUGAAUUUCAGUCCGACGUUCCACGUUACAGGUUUUCUUUCACGAUUCCUCUUUACCUCGAUCCGUCUCAUAAAGUCUGACCAGAUUCCCAAGUCCUUUUGAAGAAAAACAUCUCUGAUUGUGUCAUGAUUCUGACACAUUUAUUUUUCACUGUAGUAGCACUGAUAUUUUCAAGAUGAUGAGUGUUACUUUUGCACCAUUCAGCAUUUUGCGCAGAGCCCAAAUAGCUUUGGUCUGUGGUAAACUGCAAAAAGAACUUAUUUUAGUUUGGUUUCAACAAUGACUUCCUUCUUGUUACUUUUCCAUAAAGGUCGGAUUUGUAGAGUGGGCAAAUAAAAUCUGUCCUCUUAACAGAGUCUCCUGCCGGACUUAUGCUUUUCUGCAGCUGAUCUAAAAUUAUCUUGUGCCUCUCAUCUACUUUUUUUAUUAAUGAUCUUCUUGCCCAGUCUCUCAGUUUAAGUGGACAACUAUGUCUUGGUGAAUUUACUGUUGUGGCGUACUAUUUCCAUUUUCAGAUGACCUUUGAUCUGUAAGAUAUCCAAAGGUUGUGAUUUUUGUUUUAUAAUCUUUCCUAAGCUUCUUUAGAUUUUCAUCCCUGACCUGUUUUCUGUGUUCCUUGGUCUUCAUGAUGCUGUUUGAUCUCUAAUGUCCCCCGAGCCAUUCAUAAAAUAUGUGUUUUUACGCAAAGAUAAAAUUACACACAGGGGCACUCAAAUUACUAAUCAGGUAUUUCUGGAAAAUAGCUGGUUGCACUCAACUUCGUUUUAGGAGUAUCAGAUUGAAAGAAGUUUAAUAGAAAAGUACAUUUUUAUUUGACAAGAAAAAGAUAACUUUUCCAUGGAAGGAAUCAUCAAGUGGUACCUUUUGUUGGUCUUUCACAGAAAGGUCCAACAAAAUACAUUGAAGGUUAUGGUUGUAAUGUGACAAGAUAUGAAAAAGUUCAAAGAUUAUGAAUACUUUUGCAAGGCACUUUAGAAAACAUUAAAAGCAUUAAAAUUUCACAUAAAUCCCACAAACUCGACUGCUACAAGGGAAGAAUACGUAUAUUAACAUAGAUGAAGACAGAUAUGCUCUUAAGCAUGUAAAUAUUCUUAUGAUGAAUUCUGACUUUUCUAAGUUUUCUGUUUCUACACGCGACACAGAGAGAAAUCUCAUUCUGUUUGUCAGCACGGUAUUAGUCACAAGAUCGGCAGUCUAUGCAAAGUGAAUAAUGUGAAAUGAGGUUGAUCGACAUAGGAUAACCUCACCUUGAGACUGGGUAAGCACAAGGUUUUGUUGCUGUGAAUUACUUUAGAAUCAGUGCCACUGAAAAAAAAAAAAAAAAAAACAAAGCUACUCUUUAUACAAUCUUCAAAUAUGCAGCGUAUUCUAGCCAUUUGUGGAGCGCUCCAGAGCAGAAGGCAGUGAAAACCUUGACAGACUGGCAAAACGGGACAGAUUAUGAGGGUCCAGGACUGUUAUGUAAAUCUGUGGCGGCUGAUUUAUUGCAGCAUGAUGAAACUGUAUAAAUAUUUAUCAUCACGAUGUGGCAAAAUGUUUUGGUUGCACAGAAACAUUUUUUAUAACCCCUUCUUCAGCGUUUCAAAUAUAUAUCACUGUUGUCACAGGGAAGUAGGGGUGAAAAUAGAAAUAUUCUGACUUAAACAUCCCACAUCUGUACAGUCUCAGCGUUAAAUUGUUAGCCAAUGAGUCUUAAAGAUGAAAAGUAUAAAAAAAAAACAACCUCUGCCUGCUUAAAUAGUUUUGAGCGACCAUAAGAGCAAUAAGAUCCAUUCCCAUCCAGAGACAAACACAUGAACCAGUGCACUGAGUAAUCAUAUUUAUGCAGAAAUAAUGAAUGAUAAACUACAAUAACUGCUCAAUUCAUGGAUAUUUCAUCCUUCAUAAGUUGUGUUUUAGUUUGGCUUUAUCAUUGUGACAAAGUAAAGCACUUAGAACAUCAUAAAGAACAGGCAUAUUCCUGUGGGAUUUGCACAUGAUGUUAAAAAGCCUUAUUAUGUUGCAGGUUGUGGCUCCGAGUAUAAAUUUGCCUCGGCAAAUGGGAUUAAAAUGCCUUCUGAAACAAAAAUCAGGUGAUGUGCCUCUUGAGACGAUAAACUAACCAGGUAUUAGAGCUUUAGAGUUACAUGAGACACUGCAAGGUGUCAAAGAAAUGGCCAUAUGUGGAAACAAUUGAAAACAGUAAAAAGAUUCGUACUAUCACGUAAUAGUGGCACAAUUGUCUCUGUCAUUGAACAUAGCUCGUUAGGUGUUUUAUUAGUUUUGUUCACUGAUUGGGUGGCAUCAGUCUCAGCCAGGGACUGAAUUUUUUUCCUAAAA